CCUACAAGCAGACCUGAAGACCCUCUCACUCUAACUCUGUGUUUGGAAACAAAAGGAUAGCUGAGAUCAGAGCUGAAACCAAACCUCCCACCCGACGGUGCAGAUGGCGAGCAGCGAUGAAGACGAGCAGGGAGGCAAUGGUGUCAUGGUCCCAGAUGACAAGAGGCACAUAGCUGACAUCAUCGCACACUUCCAGGACAUAGUGAGCAUGGAGCACCUGCAGUCCCUAUUGAUGGAUGCAGACGCCCAGGAGGCAUUUCUGUCCGUGGCUGAAUCAUCCAGGGUUGAAGCAAACCCUUCCUGCGAGACAGUGCAGAUGGAGAGCAAGGAGGAAGAUCACAGUGCAGCUGGUGGCCAUGAGGAAGACCAACAGACAGGCUAUGGCACCAUGGUCCCAGAUGCUGAGAGCCGCUUUGUAGACAUCAUCGAAUAUAUGAAGAAUGCACUGAGCAGGGAGGAACAGCUGUACCUGCUGGUUGAAGACGAAGCCUGGGAGAUAUUUGUGUGUGAGGCAGAAUUGUCCAGUGAGGCGGCGCACGCGCUACGUGAAGCCCUGCUCAGUUAUUACACAGACACGGACACGGACUCAUUCUCAGACCAGGACAGGUACCCGAACACUGAUCCGAACAAGGACUCAGAUUCAGAAACAGACUCAGAGGACAAAGAAGAGCAGCAAGCGAGGGAGAGGUUUUUGAAGGAGUUUCCUCAGGUGAAAGCACAGCUGGAGGAGAGCAUAGCAAAGCUGCACGCCCUGGCGGACAAGGUGGGCAAGGUGCACCGGUACUGCACCAUCACCAACGUGGUGGCUGCCUCCACUGGGGCUGCGUCUGGCAUCCUAAGCAUCGCUGGACUGGCUCUGGCCCCUGUCACUGCAGGAGUCAGCCUGGCACUCACAGCCACGGGGAUGGGACUGGGUGCAGCAGCUGGCGUGACUGGUGCCUCCACUGCCGUUGUGGAGCACGUAACCAGGGCAUCAGCAGAGGCUGAAGCGGGCCGCAUCACGUCGAGCAGCGUCAACCAAGUGGAGCUGGUUGCAAAGACUGUGGGUCAGAGUGUCCCCAAAAUCUUGAACGUAACCCGGAAGUGCGUUCAAGCCCUGGAAGAUGUUGGGAAGAAUGUGCACGCCAUCAAGGUUGCCCAGAACAACACCCGCCUGGUGCGCAAUGCCAAGCGAUUCAUGACCACAGGGAAGAUCUCAGCUCGCAACACUAGGCAGGUGCAGAAAGCCUUUGGGGGCACUGCUCUGGCCAUGACCAAGGGAGCCCGCUUCACAGGGGCAGCCACCGCAGGCCUCUUCUUUCUGCUGGAUGUGGCCAACCUUGUCCAAGAGUCGAAGCACUUGCAGCAGGGUGCCCCUUCUGAGUCGGCUCAAGAUCUGCGGAAGCAAGCUCAGGAGCUGGAAGAGAAGUUGGCGCAGCUCAUGGAGAUUUACAGGAACCUGCAAUAGGAGGUGGCUGAGUGAGCCCAGGACAUGUCCAGGUCAGUGGAGCUGCAUGACAGGAGCCCAGCAAGCAGACACAUUUUCCAAUUUGGACAAAGAAACUAAGACAAAAUGGUCCAGGAUCAGGGCUGAGGGGAAGAAACGAGGCAGGGAAGGAAAAAAAAAAAUCAGCAGGAGGACCUGGUUGUGAACAGACUUUCAGUGGACCCCAAUCCUGCCCGGUCAUUCCAGGCUGGCCCCUACCGUGAGACAUUCAGGAAGAAAG